AAGUACCGGUACCCGGAGGAAGUGGACCUCCCUCCCACGUCGUCGAGGCUCAAGGACGUAGACGGCUUGGGCACCAGCGUCGACCACUACUCUUCCAGCGCCGUCGAAUCGCCUAGGAAGGUGAGCGGCCCGAACAUGCGCCUUGCCUCUUCCUUGUUUUGGCGCGUCGAAGAUCCGGCGCGCAUCUGCAUAUUGUUCGAUGCCAGCGCCGCGGUCAUGUAG